AUGCUUGUAAAUGGAGUAAAAAAACUGUCAGAGCGAUGCGUAAAAAUUGGUUAUGUUUGUGCAUGCAUUACAAGUGCUAGUAUUAUAAUUUUUAAUCUUAUCAGGUUGAUUGUGGUUCACUGUUCAAUGGAAGUUGAACGUAAAAUUCUUCGUGUUCUACUCUAGUCGAUGGAUCUUUUGACUGAAAAGAUACUUGGGUGAUAUUUGAUUCUCAUAGCGUUACAUUCUGACAUUCUAAAAAUAAGCGCUAAUUAUUACAUAUACAAAAAAUAUUGAAGAAUUUUAAUUAUUUUGUCAUUCAUAACGAUGUUGUAAAUAUAGUUUGAUGAAGGAAAAAUAUUUAUAUUAUAUAAGUAUAUACUCGCAUAUUUUGAUAACCUAUCCCAAAAAACUAACCUCAAAAUGAGUUACAACAAAAAGGUAUCAUACUUCUACAAUCCAGACGUAGGAAAUUUCCAUUAUGGCCCCGGACAUCCAAUGAAGCCUCACAGACUUGCUGUAAUCCACAGUUUAGUAUUAAAUUAUGGUUUGCACAAGAAGAUGCAGAUCUAUCGUCCAUAUCGUGCAAGCACCCAUGAUAUGUGUCGCUUUCAUUCAGACGAGUAUGUUGAAUUUUUACAAAGAGUGACUCCACAAAACUUGCAAGGAUACACCAAAUAUCUAAGUCACUUUAACGUAGGUGAUGAUUGUCCUGUUUUUGAAGGAUUAUUUGAUUUUUGCUCCAUGUACACGGGUGCUUCUCUGGAAGGUGCUACGAAACUGAAUAAUAAUUGCUGUGACAUUGCUAUUAAUUGGAGUGGAGGACUGCACCAUGCAAAGAAAUUUGAAGCUUCUGGUUUCUGUUACAUUAAUGAUAUCGUAAUAGCAAUCUUAGAAUUGUUGAAAUACCAUGCUAGAGUACUUUAUAUAGAUAUAGAUGUCCACCAUGGAGAUGGAGUACAAGAAGCAUUUUAUCUCACAGAUAGAGUGAUGACGGUAUCUUUCCACAAGUAUGGAAACUAUUUCUUUCCUGGUACUGGAGAUAUGUAUGAAAUCGGAGCAGAAAGUGGACGAUAUUAUUCUGUUAAUGUACCUUUGAAAGAAGGCAUUGAUGAUACAUCUUAUGUUCAAGUAUUUAAGCCUGUUAUAUCUCAUGUAAUGGAGUUCUUCCAACCAACUGCUAUAGUUCUACAAUGUGGAGCAGAUUCGCUCGCAAAUGAUCGUCUUGGCUGUUUUAGUUUGAGCACAAAAGGUCAUGGAGAAUGUGUGAAAUUCGUGAGAGACCUAAAUGUGCCAUUGCUUACUGUUGGAGGAGGGGGAUAUACGUUGCGUAAUGUCGCGCGUUGCUGGACCUACGAAAGCUCUUUGCUCGUCGAUGAACAAAUCAGUAAUGAGCUACCCUACACAGAAUACCUAGAGUACUUCGCACCAGACUUUACAUUGCAUCCUGAUGUUGUAACCAGACAAGACAAUGCGAAUAGCAAACAGUAUUUGGAGGCUAUUACGAGACACGUUUAUGAUAACUUGAAAAUGAUUCAACACUCUCCAAGUGUCCAAAUGCAGGAUGUUCCAUGCGAUGCAUUGCCUCCAGAGGAAGAAAGGCAACCAGAACCUGACCCUGACUCUAGGCAAAAUACACAGGACACUGAUAAGAUAGUUGAACCAAAUAAUGAGUAUUAUUCCGGAGAAAAAGAUCAGGACAAAAUGGACAAUUCUAUCUUGCAAACAUGCGACAGAAACCUCUGAUACAGAACUAGAAGAAUGCUUGUCCCAAUCUGGGGUGGUACACUGAGCACUAUCUUGGGAUAUGGUGAUUGGUGUGGAUCCUUCAUCUUGGGGGAUUGCUAUUGAUGCUGGUG